UGGAUGAAUAGCAGCGAGGAAUCUCCGUUAUCGGAUGAGGAAAACAAUCUACAAGCGCUGACUCAGAAUGGGGGCUGCAGUGUGAAAGGACCCGCGAAUUUCGUCGCCGGAGUCGCUGUGGAUGUUUCACGCCAGUCUGUGGGAGUCUUUACUGCGAGAGAGCGAAGUAGUAACGAGGUAUAACCCUGCGAGCGCACGGUGAUCUUUAGUUACUUCGGUGAUUAAUACGUAUCUUCAUAUUUUUCGAGGCUGUGGAACAAGCUGCACAGGCGCGUCCAUUCGUGUGACUGAGGCGCAGCAGGAUAAACAGGAUUUCGACUUUGAAGGUUUCGUGCUGAAUUUGAAAAAUUGCUUGUAACCACUGAUACAACUGACACAUCUACGAUGUUCCGUUCUACAUAUAAUUUUGAUAAACUUCUUGAGAAAGCAACUAGCGGUGUCCGGGUGGAGACAGACUGGGAAAGAAUUAUUCAAAUAUGUGAUUUAAUACGGCAAGGAGAUGUGCAGCCGAAAUACGCCGUUGGAGCUGUGAAAAAGCAAUUGUACAGUGCAAACCCUCGCAGUGCCUUGCUUGGAUUGGUGGUGCUGGAUUCGUGUAUGAAAAAUUGUGGGUAUUUAAUUCAUGAUGAAGUUGGUACAAAGCCAUAUAUGGAACAGUUGCGGGAGUUGGCGAAAACUUGUCAUUAUGAAGUAAAGGCUAAACUCCUGGAGCUCAUCCAGGCUUGGGCUUACGCCUUCCGCAACAGCCCUAAAUACAGAGCAGUGCAGGACACCUUUAAUAUUAUGAAAAGAGAAGGUUACAACUUUCCCACUUUGAGAGAGAGUGAUGCCAUGUUUUCUGCUGAUACUGCACCUGCAUGGGUUGAUGGAGAUGUGUGUCAUCGAUGUAGAAUCCAAUUUGGCAUGGUGCAACGCAAGCACCACUGUCGUGCAUGUGGUCAAGUCUUUUGUGGUCAGUGCUCUUCCAAAACUGCAGCUUUACCAAAAUUUGGAAUUGAAAAAGAAGUUCGUGUUUGUGAAAGAUGUUUUGAUAUCAUCAACCGGCCCGCUACUACUAAACCAAAUCCAGAGAACUCCGACUUACCACCAGAAUGCAGCGUCUUAUCACAACAAAGUCAAAAAAUGGAGCCAUGGGGGGCUGUUGUUUUACAAAUGAUGAAAUUAUUACAAGGGAAUGGAGACACGUCAUCUGUGAGAACAAUGAUACAAGAGGAAAUUAGAAGAUCACAGAAUGUGGAAAAUAGUGAAAUGCUACGGCAAAUUCUUGCUAGUUUAGAACAUAAACAUGCAGCAGAACUUCAGGAAGCAACUCUUGAGACUGAAAAAUAUAAACUUGAAGCUGAAUUUUUCAAAAAGCGACUUGAAGAAGUUAGCCGAGAGAAGAAAUCUGUUGAAAAAACUGAGAAGAUGAAGGAACUGGCUUCGCAUUUGGCUGGAUUAUCAAUACAACAAAAACAAACGGGACCUUCCCAACAAUAUCGAAAGUACAAUAAACAUUCUUCUGGAACAACACAAAGCAGUUAUAAUGGUGGCACACUACCUUGGUUAGAUCCUGUUAAAGGGAACUCAACACCUUUUCAUCGCGGAGGUGGAAAUCGUGGAAAAUUUCAAAAUAAAAACAACUACACCAAUAUACCGCCUAACCAAACUUUCAUGCAAAACCCAAACACAAAUAUUCAACAACCUCCACUUUUACAACAACCUCCACUUUUACAACAACCUCCACUUUUGCAACAACCUCCACUGUUACAACAACCUCCACUUUUGCAACAACCUCCACUUUUUCAACAACCUCCAUUUUUGCAAUACAAUCCACACUUUUUUCAAAAUCCACACUUUCAAGAAAGCUCUAGAACAGAACAAAAGUCAGAGUUUCAAGAGAAGCAAAAUUUCCAGCAAGCAAGAGGGGGGCAGACUCAACGUGGAUACAGAGAACGAGGUCAGAGAGGAAGAGGCAAAGGGCGGUCAUACAGUGUUGGCAGAGAUAAAAAACGGUCUGAUGCCCAGACAAAUGAUUUGUCUUGUAAUACACCAGAACCAUCUACUUUUCAAAUUCAAGUGACAAAAGUUGGUGGACAGUGGACCAGCGUUGACAAUCUUUCUUGCACAUCAGAUGCAUCAUCUUAUCGAGGAGGAAAUCACCGUGGUCGGGGAAGAGGAAGAGGACGAGGAAGAGGAGCUGGCCACUCUAACUUCCAGCAGGGAGAAACUGGAGGGCAGCAGGCCACAGUGAAGAAAAACAGACGGAAGAAUGUGCAAAAUGAACAUGGAGGGCAACAAAAGCAACAUACUGCGAGAAGCAAACAGAAUGAUGAAGGUGAUCCAGAAGAAAACUGUGUUAUUUCUUAGAAGAUAUUAUAGUCAGAUAUUUUGGAUUAUGUAUAGAAUAUUUUUAUGAGUAUAAUAUUUUUUAUUAUUUAGAUUUAAUAGAGAUAAUACGCUGAACCUUAAUUUUCUAAUUAAAUUUUUGAAUGUUACAGAAUGUCUUACAGAAAUGAAUGAAUAUUUCCUUUUUUCUUUUGUGUUAUAAUUAAUUAAGAAAACAUACAAAUGAGUAAACUAGUUCUGUAGAGGCUAGUGUACAAAAUGUUUAUUGUUAGAGUAACAGAUUCUUACAGAAUUGUUUACUCUGAAUUAAGUUGAAGUAAUUUUCAGAGAGGAUAAUUUGAAGAAUGUCACUGAAAAGAAAUUUUCAUUUUACAAUGAAAAGUUUCAAAUUUGGAAGAAAAUUGUUAGAAAUUAUUGUGAUUUCCUCCGUUAACAUUAACUUCUUUUCUUUCCUUUCCUUUCCUUUCCUUUCCUUUCCUUUUCUUUUCUUUUCUUUCCUUUUCUUUUCUUUUUUUUCUUUUCUUUCCAUUCUUUGUUAGAAUAGAUACAGAAUACAAAUGUAUUGAUGUGCAAUUUGUACUGCACCAUCCUUCUUACACCACUACACAGUUUUCUUCAAUGAAAACAUGAGAACAGUGGUUCUGGAACGUACUGCUAACUGGGUGCUUCCUUAUGAAUUUUCCUGACGGAGAAGAGUUAAAUAACCCUUCUGUCAGACAUAGCAAUGAUGCUAGUAACAAAUAAAUUUCAUUUUUUCAAUUAAUGAUAAUGAUUGAUUUAAAAUGAAAAAUGGGGGCAUGUUGAGGUUGUUUCUUAAACCUAAAACAUUUAGAGACAAGAUUAUUGUUUAAUAACAUAUUUGUCAUAUGACUGAAUAAAGUAAUCAGAUAUAGCAGUAAAUGAAUUCUCUCAAGCAUUAUUGGGAAUUUGUGAAGAGUUACGUUAUUUUAAGUACAAUGUGCAUUUGAGAUUAUUUGAUUACUAAAAUAAGUAUGAUUGGAUAAAUAAUUCUUAGUCUCAAGAUAUAAGAGGUCAUAAUGAGAAUGAUUUACACAAAUUGUUCUUGGAACUGAAGUUAUACAUUAAAAAAAAUGGUUUUUUGAUUACAUGUUGAAGUGAGCAGAAAUAAUAAAUUAAUGAUUAAAUAAAAUCCAAUUUAACAAAAUAAAUAAAUAAAAUUGAAAUAAGCUGAAGUGAGAUCUUGUGUAUUGUUACUGUGUUUACAGUAUGAUUACUGUGUUUGUGUGUGUGGGUUGAGGUAAUAUAUUUGUGAAUGCCAGUGAACUGGCAUUUAAGACACCUUGUGGAUAAUUAUUUAAGUACAAUGUAUGUACUUAUGUAUACACUACAAUGUAUGUAAGUUUUUUCUAACUUUGCCCCUCAAGACCCUACUUCACGGUAGCAUUACAUCACUAUUUCAGGUCACUGUUACCAGCGGUAUAGGGUCCGUAACUGUCUGGUAAACGGUGCGACAUCUAGUAGCAUGAUCGAGAAAGACGCGAAAAACAGUGACUUAAUGCCACUGUGAAGGGGGCAGAGUUAGAAAAAUCCCUGUGUAGUAUCUCAACACAAAUGCUUAUUUUGUAAUGAGUUCUGUUUUGAACAUGUGUUGGAAUGUCCUCAACAUAACAUUUGUUUCAGAGAACUUUGAAUAUAAAUGUACAGGUUAUUGAAUUAGCAAAUUAAAAGUGGUUUCAAACUUUUUUUAACCCUGCCUUUCAGUUCAUUGAUUUUUAGCCUCUGUUCAGAAUUUCAAGUUCAGAUUCUUUGUUAUGCUUAUUGUGAAAUUGAUUUCAAGUUUUACACGAUCUAAGUAGAUAAGGGCAUUUAUAGCACAAUAUUGGUAUAGUUUAUCACAGAUGUUUUAUGAAAUGCCGCAAGCUUUCCCAAUUAAAGCAACUCAAGAGUCAUUCGGGUGCACUAGUUUUGGUAUAGGUGAACGCUGCUUUCUUGAACUUAUUAAUGUUAUAUUUUUAAAUAUUGUUACAUUUUUAAUUAUUGUAUUUUGUGCAAUGAGAUGUUUCUAAAAUACUUUAAGGUUUUAAAUUUGUACUAUGAAGUUAACUACAUCAUCCUUGACACAUUUCUAUGAAGUUAACAUAAUUUAAUAUAAAUUUCCAAAUCUUGGCUCU